AUGGUCAUGUCAAUCGCAUCACUUAAGCAUCAGGGUCGCGUCACAUCUCUCAGGCCUCAGGGUCCUACUGCCAUCCUUCCUGAGCUGCAGGUCGUGAGGAUCUCCCGAUUUCGCGGAUUUCGAACUGUGGAGUGUCGCAGGCUCGCAGCUCGCGCUUCGUCGCAGGCUCGCAGCUCGCGCUUCGUCGCAGGCUCGCAGCUCGCUCUUUCAUCGCAGGGCUUGGCCAGUGGAUUGCAGCAGUUGUGCACUUCAAAUCGGAAGUUCCUUCCUCGGCACUCAAAACCAGCAGAAGCCAUGACAAAUGAAGCAGGUCCUAACUUGAUUGGGUACUUCAAGCAUCUAACAUUGGAGCUGCUCAUGGACAGUGAGAUGCUUCAGUUACCCUUUCCUGAAUUCAAGAAAGAGAGGUUGAAGGCAAUUCUUAAUGAAAGUGUGAACUUUCUAACUCGAGAAACUGACAGGAUAAAUGAUCAAAUUAUCGCGAAGCUUCAUAUGGAUUUGGAUUUAAGUAAUAAGGAGAAGUUAUCACGCCAUUCACAUAAAUCAGAUGAACACAUAAAUGACUGCAGUAGAAAGCGUAAAGCAUCCUCCAUUGCCUCAAUGGAUUGUGGCAGUGCUAACAAUCAUAUUCAUAAUCCUGUUGGUAAGGUCUACAAUGACACUCAAGAUCUUCAAGGGAAUGCUGAAAUUGGUAAAGAUUUGCAGAAAUGUCCAGUUGAGUUACAAGCAGAGCUUGACAAGAUGGAGCAAGAUCUUGAGGAGUUUAUUAAUAUCAUCUUUUCCAAGUGCAGACCAAUGAGCAGUGCUGAGAAAGAACAGCUUGGCAGGCAGAUGAAGAAACUGCCUGAAAAGGCAUUUGAUCGAGUAGUGGAAAUAGUUCUACGCAACAAGCCUUCAGAAGCAGAACCCUCUGAAGUUUUUGUUGAUUUGGAAACACAGGAUAAUGUUACUUUGUGGAGACUGUACUACUAUGUUCAAACUGUGCUUGAAGCAAACAAGCAAAGCAACCGCAGUCCAAUACCUUUCCCAUUGAUGUAAAUGACUAUUCCAUACCUCUCUGCUGUUAGUUUUUUGUUCAUUAAUAAGCUGUAGAAGAUUUUGGUUGUAAUAUGAAUGGCUGGAGAAAUGCUUCUGACUUGCUUUCUUUGGUGAUUUUUUUUUUAUAAUUUUUUUUAAAUGUUUUUUGUUGAACUGGUAGUAUGAUCAUUUGUUUUGCAUGCUUUGAUCACCGGUUAAAAAAGGUGAUGAAAA